CAGACGUCUUCGGGUCCCCCCAGAAUCUAUCAUCAUUAUCUCCAUGCCCGGCAGCCAUGUCGUCCCCAUGCCACGUGCCAGACAUCACCGAUUUGGAGAGUUCAUCCGUUGGUGAGAAGGAGGAUCAACUGGCCGCUGAAGGCCUCUUUGGUAGAGGAUGGCUGCCUCCAGAGGAACGGGGGAAGUUGAUCUCGGAGCCCGAAGCGGAGGAAGAAGCCCUUGGAUGGGAAGUCGUAGCAACUGCCACUUCCAAAUGCAGCCGAUCCUCCUCCUUUAGCGAGAGUGGCUCCCACCUCGAUAAGGCGCGUUCGGAUGGAGUGCCCGAGGAUCUGAUCAUGGGAUGCCUUGACUCCUCUUGCAGCCGCCUCUUUGGGCCCAACGAGAAGUCUCGCUGCAGUGGCUGCGGCUUCUUCUUUUGCCCACGGCAUUUAAAAGGUCCCUGGUACGUGAACUACUUCGGGAACGGCACGCCGCUCCUGGAGACCCACCUGCCCAAGCCCGGUCAGGCCACCGUGCUGAAGCCCGAAGAGGAGAUGCUCGAGGGCAUUCCGUUUCCCUUAGUCCGCAGCGCUGCCCGCGCACUGCUGCUGCGGCUGCUGGAGCAGUUGCGGCACGGCUCGCGGAACUGGAGUGAGGCUGAGAAGGAAUGGGUCUGGAGUCUCGCGCCGGAGCUGGUGGAGCAAGACGUGGGCUGGUUAACGCAGCUCUUUCGUCAGACUCAAUGGACGAAGGAGGAGACCACCCUUUGUCUCGAUCUUUUAGCGAAGGUUCAUGCCUCUCUCGCAGGCUGGGAGGCCUUGCAGAUCUUGUCCUUGCUGGGCCGCUCCGCUGGGCCCGCGUGCAAGCUGCUGGGUGCCGGUGGGGAGCGGAAGGUGGGGCUGGCUGCGGUGCAUGCGGCCGAAGCACUCAAGGCGUUGAAUCCUACGGAGAUCACCUGCUGCCUGGAGCUCCUCUUGGACACUGCUCAAGAAUUUGCCAAUAGCGACUGUCAAGGCGGCUGUCGGGCGGUCCUGAGCGCCUUGAGGCACCAAACAGCACAGGAGAGCAUGGCAGCCAGGGCCUUUCGCAAUGAGUAUUUCUGGGCGCUGGAAACACGUGUCCAGGCACUCGCCCACUAUCGACAGCGCGGAAUCGAAAACCAUGGCAGCGCACCCUAUGCAGAGUCAUGGCAGUCCUUGGCGCAACAAGAGCUUCUCCGGAAUCUGCCCCAGGAGGCGGAGCUGGGAUUGUUGCGACAGCACGCCUGGGUGAGACAUAUGGAGCGUGGAGAUUAUGAGUGCUGCAAGCAUGAGCCGGCGUGGGGUGAGGACCGAAGCUUUCCCUUGGCCGUUUGGCCUCCGUAUCGCACCUGCGCCGGACUUGAGACGGCGCCGCGGAAGGCAGAGAGCAAGUCGGCUCCGUUGAUCGUGCGCUGCCGCUAUCGGGACGAGCCCUCGCGGGGGAAGACAAAGUCAGGCAAGGUGAAGCUCCCUGAGCGGAGGAAGACCAGCGGAGUUUUGCUGAAGAAAGAUCCUGACAUGCACAAGGAGCAGCAGGUGGGGCAGACCUUAAGACUGCUGGAGAUCCUCAUCUGGAAGGAUCCCAAGUUGCAGGAGUUGCUGAAUAGCGAGGGCCUCAGCUUCGAAGAUGUCCGGGCGACCUACAUCAUUGCUAUGACUGGGCCCAACACUGCGAUGUUGGAGUUCAUUGAUGGAGCGCGGACCUUGAAGUAUGUGCGCUCCGGGCGGCUGGAUGGAGGAUCUGCGCCCUUUGGGCCCAAGUACUUCAUGACCAAUGGGGAGAAGGGCACUUUGAAGACGUUUUUGCGUCUCAACAACAAUCGCGAUGAUUUUGCCAAAUCCUUGGCACGCUUAGCCUUCACCUCAGCCAUCUCGGCGGUUCUCAGCUUCGUGGCUGGGCUUGGGGAUCGUCAUCAUGAGAACUUCAUGGUCACCGUCGAUGGGCGCUUGGUGCACGUGGAUUUUGGCUAUGCUCUUGGAAAGGAGCCAUUGGAUUCGAUGCUGAUUCACUUCGCCGUUCAAGGUGGCCGCCCGGCGACCACCAUCCAAUACGACGAGCUCAUCGAGGCCGUCACGGACGAGCUCAUGGAGCGGAUCUUUUGGCCGGUGGUUUGUCGGGCCUACUUGUGCGUGCGGAAGUAUCCGGGGCUCUUGGUGGAGAUGUUCUACACAGCCAUGCUCCGCACUCCGCGGAGUGCUCUCAAGGGCCACUGGCAGCAGAACGCUUCGCUGUGGCAAGAGGCGCAGCGCUUCGUAGCCCGCAACUGCGCAGCGGGCAUGUCGGAGCCUAGCGCUGAGCGCUUCAUUUAUUCCCUCUUGCAGCACUGCACGCGGAUGGAGCGAGGAGCACAGCUGCGCGACGAGCUCAAAGGCCUCCGUUUGGGCGAGAAGACCACCCAGGCGGUCUCCAAAGCGUGGACGGUGGCCAAGACCACGAGCCGCAACGCGGCCCACGAGGUGAUUGCCGUGGGUCCCGAAGCGUGGCAGCAGCUGCGGCAGAAGGCGUCCUCAGCGGCCUCCACGGCCUUGGAGGGGACGAAGCGAUUGUUCUCCUGAGGACAAGAGAUGCAGAUGCAGCCUCUCCACAACGCCUCGCAAGUUCUUGGCGGCUGAGGACAUGGGAGGUGAACAAUGUAAAGAAUGUCGCAGGGCGGUGUUGCGCAAUUGUUUGAACGCUUGAGCCGACAAUAUUCAACUCUAUGAGUCCGCGAAACAGUGCUUGCGAAGACUGUGGCAAAUUCCUCUCAAUGAAACCUCGCGCCUUGUACAUAGAGAGCACAUCUUUUAGUUUGAACCAUCAGGCCGGCGCUGUAUCCGAUGUGCUGAGAGGAUACGGGGUGUGUGAGCCAGA